AUGUUUGUACAUGAUGUUCCCAAAGCAAAAACCACAGCAGCUGUGCCCGUUCUCCCGCACGUGGGGCUUGUUCGGUGGCAUCGGAGCCUGAUCGACACGAAAGCUUUAGGGGAAACAGGAGCCUCACCUGUUUCCAAUCUACCUGCCCGAGAAGAAAUGCUGGCCGGCUUCGCCAACCUCUCCUUGGAGAGCCACAACAUAUCGCUGACUGGACAGUCCAGUGUCGCCGUAGAGAAAAACAUCACUCUGGAAAGGCCUUCGAUUGUAGAGCUCACGUGCCUUUUCACGACAUCCGGAGACCCGAGCUCGGUGCGUGUGACCUGGAGGAAGGGCGACGAGCUGCUGGAGGGCGACGACCCCGUGAGCACGGCCGGAGGCGCCCUGUGGGCCCGCUACCGGUUCACCAUCAUUAACAGCCAACAAAUGGGAAGUUAUUCCUGUUUCUUUCAAGAUGAAACGGAACAAAGGGGCACAUUUAAUUUCAAAGUCCCUGAACUUCAUGGAAAAAACAAACCAUUGGUCACUUACGUCGGGGAUUCCACCGUCUUGAUAUGUAAAUGCCAAGGUUGUUUUCCCUUAAACUGGACCUGGUACAGUAGCAAUGGGAGUGCACAGGUCCCUCUUGCCGGUCAGACGAGCGGAAAGUAUGUGAUCAACGGGACGCACGCUAAUGAGACAAGGCUGAAGAUCACGCAGCUGUCGGAGGAAGACCAGGGCGCCUACCGGUGCCGAGCCCUCUUCCACCUGGGCGCCAGCGAGGACCGCGUCGAGCUGGUCGUGCUCAGCUACCUGGUGCCCCUCAAGCCCUUCCUCGCCAUCGCCGCCGAGGCGCUUCUGCUGGUCGCAGUUAUUCUGCUUUGUGAGAUGUACACACAAAAGAAGAAGGAACGUCCAGAUGAUGGGAAAGAGUUUGAACAAAUUGAACAGCUGAAAUCAGACGAUAGCAAUGGUAUAGAAAAUAAUGUCCCCAGGUACAGGAAAACUGAGUCGGUUGGCCAGUGAGUGAGGAGCUUCAUGCCGAGAGCCAUGCGAAGACAUGCAGAGUUUCUAUUUCUGCUUUGUUUGUGCUUCCUGCUAAGAACAUCUGAGUUUUUAUUUUUAAAAGAAUAAAAAGUUUACCAACGUGUUCAGCAGUGGCUCCGUAAAUAAGAGGCUAUCUUAGAUCUAAUGAUAUUUUCAUUCUGUGAUUAUUUUACAUCAAAGCAAAGUAAA